GUGCUGCCAAUCAGUGCCACCUAUCAGUGCCAGUCAGUGCCGCCUAUCAGUGCCAUCAGUGCCGCCUAUCAGUGCCAGUUAGUGCCGCCUACCAGUGCCAUAUAUGAGUGCUGCCUUUCAGUGCCCAUCAGUGAUACCUGUCAAUGCCCAUCAAGUGCCACCUACCAGUGCCUCCUCAUCAGUGCCCAUCAGUGCCACCUAUCAGUGUCCAUCAAUGCAGCCUAUCUAGUGUCCAUCACUGCAGGCUCAUUAGCGCACAUCAGUGAAGGAGAAAAAUCACUUAUUUACAAAAUUUAU